GCCAGGGAAACGUCCCAGGCAUUGAAAGUGCGUACUUGGCUAUGGACACUGAGGAGGGGGUGGAGGUGGUGUGGAAUGAAGUGCAGUUUUCAGACAAGAAGGUUUUCAAGUCCUUUGAGAACUGCUGCUUACUGGAUGUUUUUUGUUUUUCACACCAUUCUCUUUACACUUUAGAGACUGUUGUGCCUGAAAAUGCCAGGAGAGUUGCAGUUACAGAAAUACUCAAACCAGCCCAUCUGGCACCAACAAUCAUGCCACAGUUGAAUUCACAGAGAUACAUUUUUUUCCCAUUCUGAUGGUUGAUGUGAAAAUGAACUGAAGCCCCUGACCCAUAUCUGCUUGAUUUUAUACAUUACACUGCUGCCACACGAUUGGCUGAUUAGAUAAUUGCAUGAAUAAGUAGAUGUACAGGUGUACCUAAAUUGAUAUAUAUAUAUAUCAAUUUCAUGAUUUUGACAACAUUUGGCAAGCUUAGCUAGAUAAAGUUCACUUAGCUAGACCUCGGUAACAAAUUUAAAGGGUAACUAAACCAACUUUUUUUAGUUAAUGAUCUGUAAGAAUGGGGCUUUAUUAGUACUGGUCAUUGAAGUAAUUUUUUUGACAUUUUUGUAUAAAGUGUUUUAAUUCUACAAUAUAUGGUGUAAAAACGUCUGAGUGCUGCCCUCUUCAGGUUGAACGCUGGCUACUGCAGUUGAAUUUUCCUAUUGGCUGUUGCGGUACUUCGUGACGUAAGCGGUGACAGCUGACGUAAGCAGGUUCCAGCUCACCAUGCCAGAUUCAUGUACAUGUCGUCUUGCGACCAUGUGAGGAAUAAUAAUAACAUAGAGUCUGACAGCAGCUGUCAAUUAAUCCGUCACUACGAGUCUCAGGUGCCCCCCCGCUCAGCCCCGCACUCGGUUCGUUCCCUCUAUCCCCGCCAGGGUCUGCCCACUUUUCCAGCAUUUUCAAAUAUUUCUAGUGGGUGGAGUCAGACUCUGAGCAGGUGUUUAGUUACCCUUUAAAUCAGCAGAAUUCACAACAUCAGUAUUGUUGUACAUUAGCAUACAUGUUGCUACACCACAAACAUCUGUAAAUUGUUGUUUUUUUCAAUAUUGGACAGUCAUCAUGGUGAAAUGGUGCUAUUGUAACAAAAUACAGAAACAACACUUGAAAUGGAAAGCCACACGUUAUUUUGUAUGUUAUGCAGGACAGGAUUAAGGAGAUGUUUGAGAACCUGAUGCAGGUGGAACAUCCAAACAUUGUGAAGUUUCACAAGUACUGGUUGGAUAUGAGAGAGAGCAGAGCAAGGGUGAUUUUUAUCACAGAGUAUAUGUCAUCUGGCAGCCUCAAGCAGUUUUUGAAGAAGACAAAGAAAAACCACAAAACUAUGAAUGUGAAGGCGUGGAAGCGUUGGUGCACACAGAUCCUGUCUGCGCUCAGUUACCUACAUUCAUAUGAUCUGCCCAUUAUCCAUGGUAACCUGACCUGUGACACCAUCUUUAUCCAACACAAUGGGCUCAUAAAAAUUGGCUCAGUCUGGCACAGGCUGUUUGUAAAUGUAUUUGCUGAGGCUAUUCAUGGGAAUGUGCACCAGCAUAGAGAUGAAAUGCGAAACCAGCACUUUUUUGCUCCAGAGUAUGGCCUUGCUGAAGACGACUACGCCAUUGAUAUAUUUUCAUUUGGGAUCUGUGCCUUGGAGAUGGCAGUAUUGGAAAUCCAGGCCAAUGGAGACACUGCAGUUUCGAAAGAGGCCGUAGAUCAUGCUGGACAGUCACUUGAGGACCCUCUCAUGAGGGAAUUUAUCCAAUCGUGUGUGCUCACAGAAGCUAAGACGAGACCCACAGCUCACGACCUGUUGUUCCAUAGAGUAUUAUUCGAAGUCCACUCCUUAAAAUUGCUUUCCGCGCACUGUUUUAUCAAUAAUCAGUAUCUCCUUCCUGAGAAUUGUGUGGAAGAGAAGACUAAAUCUUAUGAUCCUAAUGGCAUCAUGGCACAGAUCAACCAUCGAGACCGACCUGGAGUUCAUCUGAAGUAUUCCCACGUUUCUCCCCUGGAGCUGGACAAAUUCCUUGAGGAUGUAAAGAACGGCAUAUACCCUCUUAUGAACUUUGCUUCCCAGCGACCUCAUCCUGUCCCCCGCGCACUCUCUUUUUCACAAGAACAGAUGGAGACUGUUAAGACCCCAACCCCAGAACCACAGGAGACUGAAACCAGAAAGGUUGUCCAGAUCCACUGUAAUUUGGAAGCAAAUGAAGAAGGCACAAGAAGUCAUCUCUCUCUUUUUUUAAAGAUGGAUGACCGGCUUCAUCGCCAACUUAGCUGUGAUGUUAUACCAUCUGACAGUUCCAAAGAUUUGGCUAGUGAGUUGGUUCACCAUGCUUUCAUUAGUGAGGAAGACUGUGAGAAGUUGGCAUGUUUUCUUGAGGGUGCAUUAUGUAUGCACUGGUCAGGGACAUCCAACUCCCCUACUGCCAUGACUGUGAUGUACUAAACCCAGCUGGUCUGAACCAUCCCAUAAUACACAAACAGAGCAUGCAGAUUGGACCAAGGCCAGAGAAAAAGAGAAAGAGAGAGCGUGAAAUCCAGACUGAUUAAUCUGAAUGAGACCAAAAAUGCAAUGGUAGAAAGCUCUCAUCAAACCACAUGGUACAUGCACAAACUCCAAAGAGCUCAAAAUGUUGAAAUGGAAGGUCAAAUUGCUGUCAUUUCACAAUGACGAAGAAAUCACCUUUUUUGCCAGACUUUUAGGAUUAUUUUUUCCCCAAAACAGAGUUUAAUGGAUUUUUAUAUAUAUAUAAAUAUAUAUAUAUACAUCCUUCCCAUUUAUCCUGCCUAUAACAUAAUCCUCCAAAAGAUAUCUGGCAGGGGCAAAAUCCCACAGAAACAAUUUUAGGAUGGCUUUGGGAACCUCGGAGAGGAGGCUAAAUGUCCAAGCAAUAAUUCCUGUCAGUCAACACUACUGGAGUCUUGUCUUCAGUUCUUUGUGUUUCAGACAUAUAUAUAUUAUUUAUUAUUUUAUGAAACUAUGAAUACAUGGUUUUGGUAUAGAAAUGCAUUUAAAACUCCAAGCAAGGAAAUUUGUAAAAGAUGUGUAAUUUCUAUGUUAUGUAAUUCUAUGCAUUUUAUGGGCUGACAGUGAGCAAAUUAAUGUACAGCACUAUGGCAAAAGUGCUCUUGGCAACUCUUGUAUUAUUUCAACACUCUCCGUUUCAGAUCUUAAACUUCAUUUCUUUAUUUUAACCAGGACUAGCUAUUUCAAAGGCUAAAAUGUCUCAUUGAGAAAUGAAUGUGUUUAGAAUUGCUCCUUAGAUUUUGUUGCAUAUAUAAUAUCCCAAAUGCAUUUUCCAUGCAGACGGUGAUUGACUUUGCAAAUAUUAAUAAACGGUGGCAAUAACGGUAUCCCAGAAUAGUGUGAGCUGCAGUUUGUAUCUGGUGUUUUCUCAGUUUUAAGCAAUAAAAAUCAGAAGAGCACUUCAUCCAGAUAUUUUACACCAAGAAUGAGGUUGAACCAAUGAGUGCCUCUCCAAACUUAAUAAAACAAUUGCAUUUAUUCAUUUAGCAGACAUUUUUAAACAAAGUGACCUACAAAUGUGGAAAAUACAAGCACAAGCAAUUAAUCUUAAGAAGCUCACACCCAGGGGGCCUAUUCAUCCAACGUCUGAGUUUAUCAGUGUUGAUAUGGCAUUUGCCUUUUACGUUAAUGUGAAUAUGUGCUGAUAAUCGAUCAGUGGACUGCUCAGAGAUGUUUAACAUAUAUGGGCCCAGUUUACUUUUUAUCUGUCCUUAGUCUUUGAUAUUGUUUCAGUAUACUUUUUGAUGUGGUAAGCCUCAUGCCAUUUAUGCACACCAAAUACACAGUUCUAGAGUAAACUGACCAGUGACCUUGAAGUAAUUAGAAGUAAAACCGGUGUAAUCUUUGAAGGGCUGUUGUUCUGUCAUUUUAUCAGUACGUGUAUAUUUUGUCACAUAUAAAUGAUUUACACACUGCAUAUAUAUUCUAUGUGAAAACUGAUCCAUAUCAAGGCUAAAGAUGUCCUGGUUGCAAUGCUGGCAACAGCGAUUUUGCUUUCUAAGGAAGAGUGGGUAUUUAAUUGCAGCUACAACAUUCUGUAUUUGAUUGACACUUGCAUAUUUGAAACAGUAUUCAUAAUAUCGAUUUAAGGGAUGCAUUUAAGUACUGUACUUUCCAAUGGCUUUGACUUCACAAUAUCUCUUUAAAAGAAAUACAUGCAUGUCAGAAAAAGAAUGCUUUAGAGAAUUUGUUCAUUUUGUUUAUUGGCAUGAUUGUGUGGUGGAUGUAUUGCACCUUUGUAAUCUCAGAAAUCUUUCAAUUGUCAUUGAAAAAUACAGUCCCCAUCCACACAGUGUUAUUAAGAGACACAGAUGUCUUUGCAGUGUAAUGAUAGAGAUAUGAAUGUACAGUCAAUAACUCUUAAAAUUUACUCUUUCUAAUUUCUGAUGCCCUUUAUCAUCUAAAUCCAAGCAUUAACUGGAUUUAUGCUUUGGGAAUUUUUUUUUUUUUUUAAUUGUAUACUGUGACAUGAA